AGUCCAUCGCAGGGCACCAGAAGUUCAAUGAAGUCAAAAUUUAAAAUCAACCAGCUUUUUUUUGUUUGUUUGUUUACAUUGCAGUAAUGGAAACAUUUGAUACAGGGCUUCAGUCAGAUGAAUCGGUCAGGGUGAGGAAAACAGGUUUUAGGCAGAGCUUACUGCCAACUUCACUAUUAUGUUUAGUGGGUGUUACUUUCGCUUUACUGCCAGCUUUGAGGUUUUUAAUUCAGUGUUCAGUGAGUUCCGCUUUCAUUUCCACCAGAGCUUCAUCACACUGCCGCCUGUGCACUUCUCCAGGGUAACGUGAUUAACUGCUGUAUUCGACAACCACACAAAUGAACAACUUGCAGAAUCCAGAAGACUGCACAGUAGAGCUUGGCUAUCUCAGUGAUGAUGAUUAUGAUGAUGAUGAUGAUGAUGAUGAAGGCCUCCCACAGCAAGAGUUCACCUGCCACUGCUGCUAUCAAGUCCUGGUGGAUCCCACUACGCUCAACUGUGGACACAACUUCUGCCGUCACUGCCUGGCUCUGUGGUGUCAGGCCUCACGCAAGAAUGAGUGUCCAGAGUGCCGCCAGAUCUGGAGAGGCUUUCCCAAAAUCAACGUUUCAUUCAGGGAUCUGGUGGAGAUGCGUUUUCGGACUGAUGUAGAGAGGAGAAGGCAGACCAUUAUGGCUGACCCAGCCAUUGUCCAAGCUCUGCGGGCCUUCCAGCUGUUGGAGCAUGAAGUCCUCCAUCGGGCCCCUCCACCAGUGCAGUGGCGGCCAUGGUUGGGCACUGGCAGCUUCUUCUCUGGAGUCCUCAUUGCACUCACCACGGUCACCGUGGUGUUUCUGGUGUAUCACUGGAGCAGUGGGGAUUCAAAGGUAGAGCUGUUGGUGAGGAAGCCAUUGGGUUUGUGGACAGCGGAAGAAGUGACCAUGUGGAUGGAGAGUCUGGGACCAUGGGCUUCUCCGUACAGAGACACCUUCCGCAAGGAACAGCUCAACGGCAGAUUGUUGAAUGUACUUUCAGAACAGGACUUACUGAAGCCCCCGUAUAGUGUAGAAAACCAGCUUCAUAGACGUGCAGUGCUGAAAGAAGUGCAGCGUGUGCAGGAGUUGGGCUUUAAGCGUCCUCAGACUCUGUGGGAAUACAAGGCAGUUAAUGGAGGAAAGUCUCUCUUCCUUCUCAUUGGCAUGAACGACUCCCCACGCUUCACCAUUCUCUACAUCUACUUAUUUGACUACUAUGAUUCAUUCUUGCCCUUCAUUCAUAUCAGCUGUCCAUCACUGACAAAGAGUUCUGAAGAUAAUCUCGCCUUCAGGAACCUGCAAGAGACUCCAAACUGGAAGCAGUGGGCAGAGUUUUUGGUGAAGUAUAGCCUCCUGCCCUAUCAGCUGCUAGCAGACUUUGCGUGGGAUUGGCUAGAUGUUCAUUACUGGACAGUGCGCAUUGUCCUCUGGAACGCUUUAUUACUGACCCUACGAGAAGCCUGCCUUUUACGAAAUGUCUGGGGCCGCAGUAACAUCACGUCAGUGCUCUGGAUGGUCUCCCAGCACUUGUUGGCCACAGCGUUCACAUGGUUGUUUCAGAGACUUUUCUGGCCUAUGAUUCCGCAGUUUGUGUGUAACUGCAUCUUCUACUGGAUGCUCUACUUCUACCCUAUCAUUAAUACAUUCACACUGAUACAGCUAAUAUAUCCACAUAUAUUCCGCAGACCAUAGCACACACACAAAGCAGUUUUUUCAUGUCAUUUUCAAAUGUAAAUUACUGUGCAAAAGUCAGAGACCACCCUUCUUUUCAUUUCCUGUCAAAAGUUACUGUUUCAGCGUAUACUGAAAUUUAGUAAUUGAAAGGUGCUCUCUGAGUUUUGCACAGUGCUAUACAUUCAGAUUUCUCUUCUGUAAAAUGCACUUUUUCCUUCGACAUUAAAACACAAAAAUAUCUGAUACUGUGAUCUUUGAGAACAUCUACUCUAUGAAAGCAUCUAAAAUGUAAAUAUUUAAUGUUACUGUCAGAUUAUAAUUAUAUUGUGGAUGUUGUUUAGAAAUAUAAUGUAUGUGUGUGUAUAUCUGUGUGUGUGUGUGUGUGUGUGUGUGUGUGUG